GAAUCCUAUAUAGACAGACACUUCUCCUUCUUCUCCUUCUUCUCCUUCUUCUUCUUCUUCUUCUUCUUCUUCUUCUUCUUCUUCUUCUUCUUCUUCUUCUUCUUGCAGCUGCUUACAGUCACCCACUGCCUACUUCAGUUCAACAGAGUCUUACUGUUGUGGGCGGCAGAGCAAUUAGUGAUCCAUGGCCCGCUUUCCUUUUCUCCUUGCAUUGUGCUUUGCUCUUUGUGCAGGUUUCGUCAUAGGAAAUGACCAGGCGGGAAGUAGUAGUUGUUGGUGUGUAGCAAAACCAUCGUCGGACCAAGCAACGUUGUUGGCAAACUUAAAUUAUGCGUGUUCUAAGGUCGACUGCCAGAUUCUGCAAAAAGGGUGUCCCUGUUUCUACCCCGAAACCCUCAUCAAUCGCGCCUCCGUCGCCAUGAAUCUUUACUACCAAUCUCGAGGAAGAAAUGCUUGGAGCUGUGAUUUCAGAGGCUCUGGUCUUGUUGUUCUGACUAAUCCAAGUUAUGGCAAUUGCAUUUACGCUUGAAGAUGGUAGCCAACAAAUCAGGAACUUGAUGGGUGUCCUAUAAUCAAACAACAAAUUGUUAUCUUAUAAUUGUUUUUAGUUGCUUGUUGUCUAUCAAUGUAAUUGAUACAAGUCCCUCCUUAAAUGCAGACCAACUGUCAAGUCAAUCCUGUAUUAAUCAUCCUUUGGAUUUUAUCAUGACAUACUGAUGGAUAAUAUAGUUGAUUAGAAAAUGUACCAAGAAGGGAUUAAUGUAGCAUUGAUGGACG